AUGCCUCCGACCCCAGAGCAGCCCUCUGGGCACAUGGAGGGGCCCCCUGCAUCAGAGGCUUCCUCAUGGCCCCCACUGCCCUGCGGGCCCUGUGUCCCCAUCAUGCUGGCCCUGGCCACCCUGGCUGCUGUCUUCCUCCUGACCACAGCCGUGUUGGCUGAACGCCUGUUUCGCCGCUCCCUCCGCCCAGACCCCAGCAUCUGCACACCCAGCCUGGUUUGGCGCCCGGGAGGGGAGCUGUGGAUUGAGCCCACGGGCACCCCCCGAGAGCGCUCUGAGGAUUGGUAUGGCUCCGCGGCCCCCCUGCUGAGGGACCGGGCCCCAGACCCGCCCACCCAGGGGGGCGCCUUGGAGGCACGAGUGACAGCCCCACCUGCCCCUUCAGCCCCAUACUCCCCUCCCAGCUCCUUGGUCCCCCAGACCCCACCAAACGCCCCAACCCCUAGCACCUUCUGGAGGCCCCAGGUCUGGGAGGAGGGGCCCCACACCCCAGGCCUGGUGAGCUGGGCUGAGCCUGAACAGAGGCCAGAGGCCAGUGCAUAUCCAGGGAGCCCCCAGGCCCGGAGGCUGCGGCCGGGAAGCCCUGAUCCUGAGUGGGGCCUCCAGCCUCGGGUCACCCUGGAGCAGAUCUCAGCUUUCUGGAGGCGUGAAGCCCCGACCAGCGUGAGUUUCUGA